AACGGUGCCACCGUACAUUCCUGGCGCAGGUUAUCGGCGCACAACUUCACAAGCAUUCCUCUCUCCCCGCCAAAACCACGAAACACGUGGCACGAUAUCUUAACCUUACUCCCCCCUCGCCCCGCCACUGAACCCAUUACAUCUCCCGUUCCACUGCCCACUGCCAAGUCUGCAACCGAAGUAGGAUAAAAAGCGAAGCUCAUUUUGAAUCUCGUUCCCUCGAAUGUAUAUUCUCCACCUCUCUUAUGAUCGUCGUGGCUUCCUCCCUCUAUUUCCUUUCUUCUCUGAACUUAACAACAUGAAUUGAAGAUUGAAUGUCUACUUCAACAAUUGCAACAAGAGCAAGUAAAUAAGUAAUCGUGCGACGACAAUUCCAGGUACCGAUUCGCUUUAUCCACGGAGGCACACUACCCGAGAUGCGUCUUUGAAUCCAAUAUGCUGAUUCAAAAGAGACCGGUCUCCAUUUGCCUAUCUUUUCUAUCUCCCGACCUCCCCUCUCCUUCCGCCUCCCGAAUCAAAUUUAAUUCCAGCAUUCUUGGUUCUCGACUCAUUUCUGCAGCUGACGAUUCAACUCUAGGAAGACAAAGAACAAGAAUCAACAUUGGAGGAACUAAUCAAUUCUAUGCCAACUAUAUAACGGAUAGUGCCAGUUUAGAUGAUAAGAUGUCACAAUCUCAGCAUCUCAUUCCUAGUGAUGCCACUCAAGAUCAAUGUAUUUGGUCAUCCCCUGAAGGGUGCCAUGAAAUUGAUAUGGGAAAGCAUAUCUUUUGCAACAGAUCUUUGAAUAUGAAGAAUAUCGUUGCAGUUGGGUUUGAUAUGGAUUACACUUUAGCACAGUACAUGCCUGAAACUUUUGAAUCCCUUGCUUACAAUGGCACAAUCAGAAAGCUGGUUUAUGAUCUGGGAUACCCUUCAGAGUUACUGGAGUGGUCAUUUGAUUGGAAAUACAUGGUCAGGGGUUUGGUUCUUGAUAAGAAGAGAGGCAACAUAUUAAAGAUGGAUCGACACAAAUAUGUGAAGGUAGCCUACCAUGGCUUUAGAGAGAUGUCUAAGGAAGACAAGAUUGCAACUUAUGGAAACACAUUGUUACAGGAUUCAUUUGAUGAGCCUGAUUAUGCUCUUAUUGAUACUCUUUUCUCACUGGCUGAAGCUUACCUAUUUGCACAACUUGUUGACUUCAAGGAUAAUAAUCCUGGAAACGUGCCAAAUAAUGCUGACUACUCUCGACUGUACAAGGAUGUUCGAGCUGCGGUUGACUUAUGCCACCGCGAUGGAACUUUGAAGCAAAUGGUUGCAAAAGAUCCUAAGAAGUAUAUAAACGAUGAUCCUUCAAUAGUUCCCAUGCUUAAAAUGCUUAGAGAUUCUGGCCGUUCUACAUUCCUGGUGACAAACAGUUUAUGGGACUAUACACAUGUUGUGAUGAAUUUUCUUUGUGGGCACCAAACUAUGGAUGGCAGUUCUCCUUGCAGUUAUGAUUGGCUUGAAAACUUUGAUGUUGUUAUUACUGGCAGUUCAAAGCCAAGCUUUUUCAAUGAAGAAAACCGUGCAAACCUAUUUGAGGUUGAACCUGAAUCUGGGAUGCUACUUAAUACAGAUAAUGGCACUCCAAUUCCUCAGAUCGGUAACACUUCACAAACAGUACAAUCAAAAGGGUCGAGGAAGGCUUGUAGAGUUUUCCAGGGAGGGAGUGUUGCCCAUCUGCAUAAAUUGAUUUCCAUUGAAUCAAGUUCGCAGGUUCUUUAUGUUGGAGAUCACAUAUAUGGAGAUAUCUUACGCAGCAAAAAAGUUCUAGGUUGGAGAACAAUGCUUGUUGUUCCAGAGCUGGAGAGGGAGGUUGAACUCCUUUCACAGUCAAGGGAGACUCACAAGCAACUUCAAUUGUUGAGGAAAGAACGUGAUCUUGUCGAAAACAAAAUACAUCACCUUAAGUGGUCUCUCGAAUUCAAGGAUGUGAGUGUUGAUGAAAAGCAAAAGCUAUCCUCUGAACUUGAGGAAUUGGAGUCUCAAAGAGAGCAAGUUCGUCUUCAUCAUCAACAGGUUCAGCGAAGUUUUCACCAACAGUUCCACAAGGUUUGGGGACAACUCAUGAAGACGGGCUACCAGAAUUCUCGCUUUGCACAUCAGGUGGAAAGAUUUGCUUGCCUAUACAGCAGCCAGGUGACCAACUUGAGCUUAUACUCACCGGACAAAUACUACAGACCUAGUGAAGAUUUCAUGCCACAUGAAUUCGACAUUCUUACUGUGUGAACAACCUAGUUCAAUUAAAGGGAGAGAUUGGACAAUCAUUUUAAGGGGGCGCUCUUUUUUUGGAUUUUGAGAGGGGGGAAAGUUGGUCAAUGGGAUUUUGGUUCCCAUUGACCAAGAAUCCCAUGUUCUU